AUGCUGCUGCGGCUGCUCCUGCUGCUCUCAGCGCUCUGCGCCGCCGCCCGGGCCGAGGCUAACGGGCAGGGCUCAGAGCAAAGGGAGUCCAGCAGAACUCCAGCAGGCCCUGGGGGAUCCCUCCAGCCUGCAGCACCCAACAGCCCGGAAGCCGCAGGGGCUGAGCACCCGAAUGCGUCCAGACCGAACAGAGAGCCGCACUCUGGGUCGGAUCCCCCCAACAACAGAGAGCCGGCAGUGAACCCGAAUAACGGAGGGACGAUGGGUGGGGCCCAGAACGGCACGGAUGGGUCUGCCCACGGGAGCGGCGUGCAGAAGCAGGGCAAUGGCCAGGGUGACCAAGGCAGCAGCGCUGGUAACCAGACCAACAGCCAGAGCGGCAGCCCUGGUAACGGGGACGGCAGCCCCAGCAACGAGAACCAGGGCGGCGGCAACCCCAGCAACGAGGACCAGGGCGGCGGCAACCACCAGGACCAGGGCGGCGGCAACCACCAGGACAGCAGCAACGCCAACCAGGGUGGCAACAACCAGGACAGCAACAACAUGAACCAGGGUGGCAACAACCAGGGCGGCAACAACGUGAACCAGGGCGGCAACAACCAGGGCGGCAACAGCGUGAACCAGGGCGGCAACAGCGUGGACCAGGGCGGCAACAACCUGAACCAGGGCGGCAACAACCAGGGCGGCAACAACGUGAACCAGGGUGGCAACAACCAGGGCGGCAACAACGUGGACCAGGGCGGCAACAACCAGGGCGGCAACAACGUGGACCAGGGCGGCAACAACCAGGGCGGCAACAACGUGAACCAGGGUGGCAACAACCAGGACAGCAACAACGUGAAUCAGGGCGGCAACAACCAGGGCGGCAACAACGUGAACCAGGGUGGCAACAACAAGGACAGCAACAACGUGGACCAGGGCGGCAACAACACGAACCAGGGCGGCAACAACCAGGACGGCAACAACACGAACCAGGGCGGCAACAACCAGGACGGCAACAACACGAACCAGGGCGGCAACAACCAGGACAGCAACAACACGAACCAGGGCGGCAACAACCAGGGCGGCAACAACGUGAACCAGGGCGGCAACAACCAGGGCGGCAACAACCAGGGCAGCAACAACGCGAACCAGGGCAACAAGCAGGACAGCAACACCAAGAACCAGGAGAGCAAUGUCGAGAACCAGAACAAGAACCGGGACAGUAACGGCAAUAACCAGGCCAACAACCAGGGCAAUCAAAUGGGCUCACCGAGUGAGAAAAAUGCAUUGCUACAAUCAACUUCCUCUGCUUCUGAGAGUGACGGCUUUUUAGACAAUGAAGAAGGCCCCGAAGAGGAGGAGGCUAAAGGCAGCAGCAAUGCCUUUAAUAAGGAGAGAGAGAACAACAUUCCUUCUCCCCCCAGGGACCAGUCGGAGAGCAGCCACUUCUUCGCCUAUCUGGUGACCACGGCCAUUAUCGUUGCCGCCUUAUACGUCGCGUAUCACAACAAACGCAAGAUCAUUGCUUUUGCUCUGGAAGGAAAAAGAUCGAAAAGCGGUCGACGGCCCAAAUCUGGCGAUUAUCAGAGACUGGAUCAAAAGAUCUAGAUUCCUCCUCGGAUAUUCAGUGGAAUAAUGACGGCUGGCAGUGGAAAUGCAGGAACACUGGGACACCCACCCACUCCCCUGCUGUAGCGCUCUGAGUUGUAGCUGUGCUGCCGUGUUCGGAUUUCAGACAACAGGAAGAAAGGGGAAAUGCUUUUAGUUUUGCACCUGCACCUCGGUAACGUUAAACCUCUCACUUCCUCGAAACGCGUUUCUCCUUUCCCAGCUGCCUGAAGAUGAACUCCUUUUCCGCUUGGGCGUCUGGCUUCUGGCCUGUGUGACCCAGGAAAAGCCGGUCCCCAGCACUUUGACAGAACUUUUUGUGUCCAAAUGAAAUGGAAUUUGCCAUCUACUGUACUGACGUCUCCUCUGGGGAGGG